AUGAAGCUUUCAAAGAGCUUGAUUGUCUUGUUGGCUGUUAUUUUGGCUCUUGUUGCUGCCCUUUCCAAUGCAGAAGACCAAUUUGACAUUGCUGCUGACCCAACCAAAAUUAUCGACUAUAAGAAAGUUAUGGCCGACUAUGUAAAUAAGCCAACUCCAAAAUAUUCAUAUCAAUUAUUGAGUGAAUUCACCGUUACUGGUGCUACUGUAUAUGUACUUAAUAUGACCUCAGUUGAAUGGUUGCCAGAAGAAUUUGGUUAUCGUGCAUUGUGGUUCCACUAUCUCGAAGUUGUUGUUCCAACCAAUUUGGAUAAAAGCUUAAAGGAAGCUUUUGUGUAUAUUACUAACGGAGAUACCACUGAUGGUCUUCCAACUGGUGAUCCAAUCACUAUUGCUAUGGCUACUGUUGGUAAAACUAUUGGUGUCACUGUCAAGAUGAUUCCUAAUCAACCAUUGACAUAUGCCAAUGAUCCAUUGCAUCAAGUUAGAGUUGAAGAUGGUAUUAUCGGAUAUGCUUGGAAGCAUAUAGUCGACUUCCCAAGGGACGUUAAGUGGAUUCCAAGACUUCCUAUGACUAAGGCAUCUCUCUUGGCAUUGGAUACUACUCAAUCUUUUGUGCCAACCAAAGUGUCAGGUGUCACUAUUGAAAAAUUCACUGUUGCUGGUGCCUCAAAGAGAGGUUGGACUACUUGGACAGUUGGUAUUGCCAAUGAUCCAAGAGUUAAGGCUCUCAUUCCACUCGUUAUUCAAAUUCCAAAUACUCAAAAGGCUAUCAAGCACAUUUACAAUUCUCUCUGUGACUUCCCAAUUGCCAUGUAUGAUUAUAUUGCUGCUGGUUUCACUCCACACGUCAACUCUUAUGGUUUUACCAAGCUCUGUGAAGUUAUUGAUCCAUUCGAAUGGAAGGAAGAUCUUGCCAAGUACAGAAAAUAUAUGGUCAACUCUAUGGGUGAUGAAUUCUUCUGGCCAGAUAUGAGUACUUUGAGUUAUAAUGAUAUGCCAAAUAGAAAGAACAAGCACUUGAGAUAUAUUCCAAAUACUGGUCACGGUAUGACUGGUUCCGAUGUUGUCUUGACUGUUGCCUCAUUCUACUAUGCUGUCUUGAAAAAUAUUGAACUUCCUGAAUAUACCUUCUCUCACACUUACACUGCUGCUGGUGUUAAUGUCAAGUUGAACAUUUUGAAUGGUAAGGUUCCUACUGCUGUCAAGUUGUGGUCUGCCAACAAUCCAAAUGGUAGAGAUUUCAGACAAACCACUAUUGGUAGAAUUUUCACUGCUGUUACUGUUGCUCCAAAGGCUACUGGAAACCCAUUCGAAUAUGAAGUCUUCUUCCCAAAUCCAGCUCAAGGUUACACUGCUCUCACUAUUGAAUUGACUUUCGAUGGAUACUUUGAAGAUAAGACAAUUCCAUACUUGAAGUUCACUACUGACUCAUAUGUCGUUCCAAAUGUCUUGCCAUGUGACUAUGAUACUACCUUUGGUACUAUCUUGACUCCAUACAAGGUCAUUUCAAAGGGAUCCAUCUUGGUUCAAAACUCUGCCUCAUUGACUGUUCCAGGAAGUGUUGCCACUGAUAGAGCCUUUGCUGUUCAAAAACUCGUUGCUGCCUCUGGUUAUGCUGUCAAUGUUGCUAAUGGUGAAUCUGCUGAAGUUAUUGAAAAUGCCAUUGCCAAGUAUGAUGAAUUGUUUGCUGCCACUUGUACUCAAAGCAAUUUGGAUCAAAACAUUCCAAGUGCUGGUUUGACUUUCACUGCUGGUGUCUACUGUUUCCCACAAGGUUUGAAUGGUAACAGCAAGGUUACCUUCUCUGGUACUGGUAAGAUUGUCUUAAAGUUGAGCACCAACUUGAAUGCCAACAAUAUCAACUUUGUUUUCACCAAUGGUGCCACUCAAAACAAUGUUUUCUGGGUUAUUGGUAACAGUGUUGCUGUUAAUGGUCCAUUCUAUGGUAACGUCUUGACUAAGGGUGUUUUCAACUUUAACAAUGUCAACUUGUAUGGUUACAUUUACAAUUUGGGUGGUAACACUUUGAAUGUUAAUGGAGGUGCUUUCCAUUAA